AUGCGAUCCCAACUAUCGCAUUUUGCCCUCUGGGUAGCAGCGAGUCAAUUCAUUCUUUUUUCUCCCUUUGUUGACGCUCGACAUGAGGCUCGAAUGGUGCAUAGUGAUCUUCAUAACAGGAGAGCUACUAAAGACCUUUGGCCUAUUGAUGAAAAAACACAGAAAAUCUUCAACAAGAUUCAGCACAGCCCUGCUCAUCAGAACCCAGACGAGGCACCGCCCGUCCGAAUCCCAUCAGAUGCUCUUGCUUUGAAUAAGACAGCGUCCAAAAAGCCCACCGCGUCGCAUUUGCAGAGCAGAAAUGUCAAUCUUUUCCAAAAACGCGACGCUCUACGCUGCGAUGGUGCACCAUGCAUUGAUGGAAGUUGCUGCGGAAAGAACAGCAUCUGUGGUUAUGGUCCCGAUUAUUGCGGCGAUGGCUGUCAGUCUCAGUGUGAUGCUACGGCCAUGUGCGGAGAGUUUAGUGAGGAUGCCGAUAUGCCGUGUGGUAUGAAGCUUUGCUGUAGUGCAACUGGCUGGUGUGGUACGACUGAUGUCUAUUGCAACAACGCCGAUCCCGUCCAUAAGACGCUGCCCUGUCAGGCUGGGUAUGGCUCUUGUUCGAUUACCGGACCACCCUCAUGUGCCAAAGGAAGCGGAGGCUCCUCUGCCAGAACCAUUGGUUACUACCAGUCGUGGAAUACUCGCACUCGACUCUGUAAUAAGGUUUCACCCAAGCAACUCGACACAACCAAGUACACCCAUAUCUUCUUUUCUUUUGCCUUUAUCGACCCAGUCAGCUUCAAAAUUGCUCCUGCCCAUCCAGAUGAUAUCCAACUGAUGAAGGAGUUUACGUCUCUUGCGAGCAGUAAGCUCAAGACGUGGAUUGCCAUUGGUGGUUUCGACUUUUCCAACCCAGAGGUUGCCACACAUAAGACAUGGAGCCAAAUGGUAUCUUCCAAAGCCAACCGUGCCGCCUUUAUCAGCUCUGUAAAGGAGUAUAUGGAUACUUUCGGCUUCUCAGGUGUCGACCUGGACUGGGAGUACCCAGGUGACCCUAAGAGAGGCGGAAACAAGCUUGCUGAUACGAAGAACCUGGUUGCUCUAGUCAGGGAGAUGCGUGCAGCUUACGGCCAGUCAUAUGGUAUUAGUCUGACACUUGCUCCUGACUACUGGUAUCUUCGCUGGUUUGACGCUAAGGGAAUGGAACCCUACGUUGACUUCUUCGGCUUUAUGGCCUAUGAUCUUCACGGUUCUUGGGAUGCUGAUGUCUUGACACUUGGUAAGAAGGUUCGUGGUCAGGCAGAUAUCCGUGAGAUCCGCAAUAACACGGUACCUCUUUGGUUUGACGGACUUAACCCGCAGAAACUCAACUUUGGUCUCGCUAUGUAUGGCAGAGGCUACACCCUUGCGGAUCCCUCCUGCAACCAACUUUUAUGUCCGUUUGCUGGCCCCAGCAAGCCGGCCCCCUGUACAGGAUUUGGCGGUGUUAUGUCCCUUGUCGAGAUUGAGCAACUGAUCAAGAAGCGCAACAUCAAGCCUCAGUAUCUCCCCGACUCGAUGAUGAAGCAGAUCACCUGGGAUGACCAGUGGAUUGGUUACGACGACGACGAAACCUUUGCAGCCAAGCGGGCUUUUGCAGAUAGCCUGUGCUUUGGAGGUACCAUGAUUUGGAGUAUCGAUUUUCAGGUUCCGGGCUCAGGCUCGCCAGACGAACCUGAGGUUGUUUACUUAGACCCAGCUGUCUACGAGGGGACUCCUGCCCAGUGCACGGGACCUUGCCAAUUCGUGUUCCCUCCUCGAGCCCUCGGUUCAACCACUACAAUUUCCCUCCAGCCUUACACAACGUCAAUCGAGUUGAAACCUGGUGUUACGACAACACUGACUAUCAAACCGCCCCCCAUCGUCACAAAUUCGAUUGAUUACUAUAACGUCAACAUCACAUCCAACCAAGGAACCAAGACAAUCAUACCUAUCGCCAGUCUCACCAUUGUGCCAAUCACCACAACCGUUACUCUCCAAGGCGGCGAGACCCAGGUUCGCACGCUCACGCUUCCACCUUGGCCUGCCAUCUCGGGGAUCCCUACUGGAGGUGACAAACCCGUCCAAACGCGGCCACCAACCAAUACGCGCCCGGUCACCUUGCGACCAGCAAAGCCACUUCCUCCACUGACGAGCCGACCCUACCCGGAGUACCCAGGUGACAUUGACGAGUCUGAGCCUGAUCCCACCAAUACUUGGCCCCCGGAGUGGGAGAUUGUCCCAGUUGAGUCAGAAGUGCCUGAAGAGGGCGACGAGGACGACAAUGACCACGAUGUCUUCUAUGUCUCUUGCAAGCUCUGGUUCUUCUCGAUGUGCAUUGACUGGCCCGAUUUUGGAAUCAAAAUCCGAGGAUGGAAGUGGAAUCUACCCGUUGGAACCCAUGGACCCUUCCCUCCACCGAUUCCUCGCAUUAAGUUCCCCCCUGGUUUCACAUUCAAGGGGAAACUUCCACCUUGGCCCAAACUCACAAGAGCUCCCGACGGAACAUUCAAGCCCCCUCCCAAGCCCGCGAACUGUGAGCUAGAAGAAGCCUCGUUUUGUUACACGACCGAGUCCUACGCAACAACCGUAUCCAAGGGCGUCACUAAGACCACAGCAUCGAAGACCAUGUCCACAUGUGCCACUGUUACAGCCUGCAAUCUUCCGGACGUAGAUGCAACAAAGACAGAGAAGGCAUGCAAAUUGACCCGUCGAGCUGUCGAGUUCGCCAACAUGCCAGAAGCCACAGGAAUUCCCAAGAUGCAGGCGCUGCACGAGCGAGCCGAGCCUGACUGGGGUUGCGAAAAGCCCGGCCUUGACGGUAUCAUCAUCCUGAAGGACCGCACGAGCACUACCCAGAGAGAUGCUAUCAAGAACGCUCUCGUAAAGAGAGACGUAGAAUUGAAAAAGGUCGGCACCAAAAAUGGCCAUUACGAAGUUAGAUCAAACCAGCUGGGAUACACGGCAUUUUUCUUCGUGAAUAGCCUGGGCCCUGUCUCAUGGGACUUCUUGAAGGGGUUUAGUGAUAAUAUUCAAGCCAUCUAUCGACCCGGCGAAAAGAAGGCUAAUGCAAAGCGAAACAUCCGAGAUGACGCUAAAAAAGAGGCAGCUAAAUCCGAAAAUAGGACCAUGUUCUUGCAUAAACGAGCCACCCAACAUGAAGAGGUAGACCAAUGGCAUUUGUCAAUGAUAUCGUGGGAUAAGGAACACAACUUUAACUCAAGAUGGAUAUUCCCCAAUGAAAACAUUCUGCAUGAUUCGGUCGAGGGUUCGUGGUCCUACCGCUAUGACGACUCUCUUGGAAGUGGACAGACUAUCUACGUUAUGGAAUCCGACUGGCCCUUGGGAGACCCCGAGUACGCACACGUUUCCCCUCGGGAGGUUCUUCCUACCACGCAAUGGGGCACGCCUCAGACGGACCCAAGCCACUCAGACUCGGAUCACGGCUUUUUCGUCGGCGCCUACGCUGUUGGCACGCAUGUUGGUUUUGCAGCAAACGCAAACCUCGCCUUUGUUCGCGGCGGACUCAACGGCGGCAAUCUUGUAUUCGAGAGGUUUGUGGAGGGCUUCAUGCUCAUUGCAGAUGAUGCGGGUAGUGCCAGGGUUGGCCGGAACAAGGGAGUCGUGAACAUGUCUUUUGGUGCUUCUGUGCGAGCGGCGGCACACGCAGACAUGGCAGUUGUCUGGUGUGAGCUUAUGGUUAAGAUGGAGGCGGAUUUGGGUAUCGCGUUUGUUCUUGCAGGCAACUACGAGGACAGGCCAACGGACUCUUAUCCCGACCUGUGUAUGCCAAACCUCAAGGCGGGUUACCUUGUAGGAGCUGUGGACAUAAAUGGCGUCCUUCUAGACGUAAGCGCCGAAGCGGAGGAUCCAGACACAUUUGCUCCCGGCAUCCAUCUGCCAUAUCCUCCUGAAGAUGAGCCCCGUCCACGCACUGGAACGUCAUUUGCCGCUCCCCUCGUUGCAGGUCUUGUUGCCUACUUCCGUGCACUACCAGGAUCUCAGCCUGAACCUCAGGCGAUAAGGACGCGAAUCUCGGAGGCUUCGCGUGCAAUUAAUUGGAGAGAUGAAGACGCCGUGCCCGUCAUCUGGAACGAGCAGACACAGCCAGAUGCAGUCGAGGACCAGCCCCCGAGCGAUGGAGAUUGUGGAAGUGAUGCUGGCAGCAACGGCAAGCGAGGCCUUGGCCGCCGUCAAAGCUGUCAGAUCCCCGGAGGAGGCCCCAAUCCCCGAGGUCCGGCCGUAACUUACAAGCCGGGACCACCAGGUCCUCUUUGCAGUAACGUUUGUGGAAAGCUAUGUCAAGGCUUCUGGUGCAGCCCCAAUCCUACUGGCACGAACCCGGACUUUUCCAACCCGACUUCCCCUGCUGGAAACAACGGAGGGGGUGGUGAACCGGCUCCUAACCCUCUCCCCGGCUUACCUGAUCUCCCUACAACAACCGACGGCAGCGGUGUUCCUGUCGGUAAAGUCUGUCUGGCUUCUACGACGGCGGUUCAGUGCAACGGUGGACCUAGAGGAGGUGUGUGCCAAACAAGCACCUCGUGUAUCAGCACCGGCAAUGAUCCCAACUUUCCCACUCUUGCUCCUGCUCCUUGGCAACCACCUACCAGCCCAGAUGGUGCUACCUGUGCCAGCAGUACUACCUGGACUCUCUUGGGCGGUCCCAAGGGUCAGGCAACUAUCACCUCUAGCGCUUGUGCUUCCUGGAAGCCUAAAGCGACCCCGACCCCGACGCCAUCGCCAUCGCCAAAGGGGCGCUGUAUCACUGCACACACCUAUAUGAGGAACUGCCUCGGUUCCCCGGAUAGUAUGUACGUUCAGGUCUGGGAGAAUGGCAUCCUCACGUGCGACUCUGGGAACGGUAUAUGGUUUGCUUCAGACCGGUCUGUCUACCGAAUGGACUGUGCUGGUAAAGCAAAGGUCAGCGUCACCGACAACGGGUCCGAAUUAACAUACACGUCGGACGAUGGCUUCUCUAUUACGGGUAAGAACUACAAGAGACAGUCGGACACGCAGGUUUGUGGUACCAGGCCGGGCAGAAAUGGCAUGCCUGAUGUUGACAUCCAGGGCUUCCUCUUCGAAAACACUUUUGUGACCAAUAACUGUGAGGGGUGCCCUGUGCCCAGCUUAUGUGAUUACGACCAUACUUCGUGUCCUUUCAAUGGCCAGUGUAAAUAG